AUGAAGUCUGGUUUCAUCGUAACGAUAGCGAUUGCGUUACUACUACACAUAACCUUUCUUGUUUCUCUAGCAAAAGAGUGUACAAACACUCCUUCGCAGCUCUCAUCACACACUUUCCGCAACGAGCUUCUCCGAUCAAACAACGAAUCUCUCAAAACAGAGCUGUUCUCUCAUUACCAUCUCACGCCAACCGAUGACUCAGCUUGGUCUAGUUUGCUACCGCGCAAGAUGCUUAGAGAAGAGGAAGAUGAGUACAGCUGGACCAUCAUGUAUCGUAAGAUCAAGAACUCGGAUGAUAACGCAUCCGGUAGCUUCUUAAAGGACGUUUCCUUGCACGACGUUAGGCUUGAUCCGAGCACUUUCCAGUGGAGGGCUCAGCAGACGAAUCUUGAGUAUCUGUUGAUGCUGGAUGUUGAUGGUUUGAGUUGGAGUUUCCGUAAAGCUGCUGGUCUUGUUGCUCCUGGUGUUCCUUAUGGAGGUUGGGAGGGACCUGAUAGUGAACUCCGUGGACAUUUUGUUGGUCACUACUUGAGUGCAACAGCUUACAUGUGGGCAAGUACUCAUAAUGAAACUCUCAAGGAGAAGAUGUCUGCUCUUGUCUCAGCUUUAUCUGCUUGCCAGGAGAAGGUUGGCACUGGUUAUCUCUCUGCUUUCCCUUCGAGCUUUUUCGACCGGUUUGAAGCUAUAAAGCCUGUCUGGGCUCCAUACUACACCAUUCACAAGAUUUUAGCCGGCUUGGUGGAUCAGUACAAGUUGGCUGGGAACAGUCAAGCUCUGAAAAUGGCAACAUGGAUGGCUGAUUACUUCUACAUCCGUGUUCGCAAUGUGAUAAAGAUGUACAGCGUUGAAAGACAUUGGCAAUCACUAAACGAGGAGACUGGUGGCAUGAAUGAUGUUCUCUAUCAGAUAUACAGCAUCACUGGAGACUCCAAGUAUUUGCUGCUCGCACAUCUCUUUGACAAGCCUUGCUUUCUUGGAGUGCUUGCUAUCCAGGCUGAUGAUAUAAGUGGAUUCCACUCUAACACACAUAUUCCCAUUGUGGUUGGUUCCCAACUUCGGUAUGAAAUCACUGGUGAUCCACUUCAUAAGGAAAUCUCAAUGUUCUUUAUGGAUAUAGUCAAUGCUUCCCACAGCUAUGCGACCGGAGGAACAUCAGUCGGCGAAUUCUGGCAAGAUCCAAAGAGAUUGGCGACUUCGCUGCAGACUGAAAACGAGGAAUCAUGUACUACUUAUAACAUGCUCAAAGUGUCUAGGAAUCUGUUCAGGUGGACAAAAGAAGUUAGUUAUGCAGACUAUUACGAGCGCGCUUUGACAAACGGUGUGCUUGGGAUUCAAAGGGGAACCGAGCCCGGACGGAUGAUAUACAUGCUCCCAUUGGGUAAAGGUGUUUCUAAAGCCGUGACUUAUCACGGUUGGGGAACACCUUAUGAUGCCUUCUGGUGUUGCUAUGGCACUGGAAUUGAAUCUUUCUCAAAACUUGGAGAUUCUAUAUAUUUUCAAGAAGAUGGAGAGUCUCCAGCUCUCUAUGUCACACAAUAUAUAUCAAGCACACUAGAUUGGAAGUCUUCUGGUGUUUCGCUAUCUCAGACAGUUAAACCGGUUGUGUCAUGGGAUCCGUACAUGCGUGUGACAUUCACUUUCUCUUCUUCCAAAGGGGUGAUAGGGAAGGAGUCCACUUUGAAUUUAAGGAUACCUGUUUGGACAAACUCUGAAAGUGCUAAAGUCUCUUUGAAUAAACAAUCCUUGAAAGUACCAGCUUCAGGUAACUUUCUAUCCAUCAAACAGAACUGGAAAUCAGGAGAUCAAGUAACCAUGGAGCUACCCUUGAGUAUCAGAACAGAAGCUAUAAAAGAUGAUAGACCGGAAUACGCAUCUCUUCAGGCCAUACUCUAUGGCCCUUACUUGUUAGCUGGACUCACAAGCCGGGACUGGAGCAUCACAACUCAGGCUAAAGAUAACAUAUGGAUAAGCUCUAUACCCGAAACACACAACAGUCACCUUGUCACACUCUCGCAACAAUUUGGAAACACAUCUUACGUGUUGUCAAACAACAACCAAACCAUCACCAUGGAAGCAUCACCUGCGCCAGGGACACAAGCCGCCGUUGCAGCAACUUUCAGGCUCGUGACUGCUGAUGAUUCCAAAGGAGGGAUAUCAUCAGGUCCUGAGGAGCUGAUUGGUAGCCAGGUUAUGAUCGAACCGUUUGAUUUCCCUGGGAUGCUUGUGACGCAAGCAACUGAUAGCUCCCUUGCGGUUCAAGGUUCUUCUUCUAGUGACAAAGAAGCCUCGAGGUUUCGUUUAGUUGCUGGAGUUGAUGGGAAGCAGGGGAGUGUUUCUUUAAUGCUAGAGGGCAAGAAGGGUUGUUAUGUGUACAGUGAUCAAACCCUUAAGCCGGGGAUGAAACUGAAGCUCAAGUGUGAUUCUGAUGCGAGUGAUGAGAAGUUUAAAGAGGCAUCAAGCUUUGUGUUAAGGAAAGGGAUGAGUCAAUACAAUCCUAUGAGCUUUGUGAUGAAUGGAGUGCAGAGGAACUUUGUGUUAUCUCCAUUGUUCAGCUUAAGAGAUGAAACAUACAAUGUGUACUUCAGUUUACAAACUUGAAGAAAUAUAUACUUAAAAAAAGCUCCUUUAAGUAAUGUGGAAGAAAAAUAAGAAAAUUGUUAUGGAAUUAGCUGUAAGGGUUGUGUUUAGAUGUUUAGUUUGUUAGGUGGUUUGUGUUAUGCAAUUAAUCCACAAAUGUAUGUUGCAAGUUACUAUAAAUAUAUAAAGUUUUUUUUCACAAA